AUGCGCAGCUUCGGGACCUACGCAGCGCUUCUGCUCUCGCUCUCGGCGGCCUCCAUCGGCGUCGUCGGCGCGGCGACGUGCUCCACCAUCCAGCCCAACACCGACUACUUUGGCAACGACAUCAAGUCGACGUCCCAAGCGAGCCCCAGCAAUUGCUGCGGGGACUGCGCGGCCACCCCGGGGUGCAUCCUCUAUGUCUGGACGAGCCAGAGCGGUGGCACGUGCUACCUCAAGAGCGCAGCGGGCACCUCGUCCAACAAGCCGGGUGCGCAGGCGGCGUUCCUCGUGCCUAGUACGUGCAACAACUUGCAGCCCAACAUCGACUACUUUGGCAACGACAUCAAGUCGACGUCUCAAGCGAACCCCAGCAACUGCUGCGGGGACUGCACGGCCACGCCCGGGUGCAUCCUCUACGUUUGGACGAACCAGAGCGGCGGCACGUGCUACCUCAAGUCGGCUCAAGGCGCGCCGUCCAACAAGCCGGGCGCACAGUCGGGGUUUCUUGGCACGACACCGACACCGACGCCAACACCGACGCCAACACCGACACCAACGCCAACGCCAACGACCUGCACCAACUACCAGAGCAACAUCGACUACCCCGGUAACGACAUUGCAUCAACAUCGCAGCCGACGGCCGCUAACUGCUGCAACGACUGUGCCGCGACCCCCGGCUGCGUUCUCUACGUCUGGACGAGCCAGAGUGGCGGCACGUGCUACCUCAAGUCGGCCCAAGGCGCGUCCAUCGCCAAGCCCGGCGCGCAGUCGGCGGCUCUUAGCGGGCCUUCGCCGUGUGGCCCCGCGCUCGCCAACACGGACUACACGGGCCAGGACUUGAGUAACGUUGGAGUGACGUCCAUCAACCAGUGCUGCGCGGCCUGCCUCGCUGUCGCCGCUUGCAACGCCUACAGCUUCAAGGACAACGUGUGCUACCUCAAGAGCGGCAGCAAUGGCCAAGUGUCGCUGCCGGGUGUCACGGCCGUCGCGCUCUACCGCUGCUCGGCGCCGGAGACCAACGUCGACUACAUUGACAACAACAUUGGAACUGCGGCGUCGCCAACGUACGUGCGCUGCUGCGAGCUGUGCCGCAACACGGCCGGGUGCGGCGCGUUCUCGUGGGCCAGCGGCGUGUGCUACUUGAAGAGCGCCAAGGGUGCGACGACGAACGCGGCUGGUGUCAUCUCGGCCACGGUGCUCUAGCUGCGUCGCGCCGCCCACGCCAGCACCUCUUAUUUGCCUCCCUCAACUCGUUGACGUGAGUCCUCAAUCCAUGCAUACGUAGCUUAUGUUGA